AUGCCGUUCAACACGCCGCAAUCUUUUCUCGACUAUGUCAGAUAUUCUCAGUUCAUUGCUCAACUCGGAUUCUUCUCCACCGCAUUCUUCUGCUUCAUUCUAAUAUUCUUGACAUUGUUUGGAGUGAAAAGAAACUUUGGAACCUAUAAAUAUUUAUUGGUUCUUUUCCCGAUUGUUGGGAUAUUCUUUGCCACAAUUGAGUUGAAUGUGUACUCCCAUAAUGCUGGAUUUGUCAUCUACAGUACCAGCCGUCCGUUUAAUAUGAGUCAAGACGCCGUAACUUGGUUCCUUGCAAUCUACACAGGUGUCUAUGCAACUACCAUCUCAAUGCUAUCCGUCCAAUUUUUAUAUCGAUAUUGGGCGAUUAUUGACGAAAAGAAGCUCCGUUUCUUCAAGGGUUGGAGAUUCAUGAUUUGGAUUGCAUAUUCGAUAUAUUUUGGAUUUCAGUGGGGGUUUGGGCUUCAUUAUUUUGGAAAGAUUGAUGAUUACGCUAAAAAUUAUUUAAGACUCGAAAUGAUGCAAAAAUACAGUACAGAUUUCUCUGAGAUUGCUGGAAUGGCGAUAGUCGCCUAUGAUGAAGAUGACAAUAUUAGAUGGUUUAAUAUCUGCUCCACUUUGAAUCAUACCUUUAUUAUGUUGAUUCAAUACUCUGUAAUUAUUUAUUGUGGCAUCUGGAUGUAUAUAGAAAUGGAGGAGAAGCUUCCACUUCUCGAUCUGGAAUGUGAUCUACCAUCUGGAAUAUUCGUUUGCGCCUUCACACUAUAUCCAGCAAUAGAUGCUAUCAUAGUUAUGUACAUUGUGGCAGACUAUAAGAAAGCUGCCAAAAAGAUUAUGAACAAUUCUUUGGAACAAAUAUACGCCUGCUUGAGAACUGCGGAAACGGAUCAUUCGAACAGACGGACACGUUCGACUGCGGCAAAUCUUCCAGCUGCAUUGAGUCCUAAUUGA